UCUGCCCUUUCUUCUUUCUCUCUCUGCUUCCUCCCUCUCGACGCAUCCACACAUAGACGGGGGCACACCAUAUCCUCCAACCACUCACACUAUCAGCUGCCACCACCGGUCGCGCCAACUCCCUUUGGCGAACAAUUCCGGCGAGCUCACCGGAGCUAUGAGCUGCUAGCUGGCCCCUUUAGGGCUCUAGGCUUGGCAUCCGUAUAAAAAUUCGAGAAUAGAGACAGAGUGUGUAUUAGUUAAGGAUGAAAAGCCACAGCACUUAUGUACCGCCCCCAUAUGUUCCUUUGGAACAGUCAGAUGCAGCUGCGGAGAUUGUUCCAUGCACUCAAGACAUACCUAUGCGUGGUCAUGGCAGCGAUGGACCGACACAAUGGUCUUCUGGAAUCUGUGCCUGUUUCGAUGAUAUGCAGAGCUGUUGUGUAGGCCUUUCUUGUCCUUGCUUGCUUUUUGGAAAAAAUGCAGAAUUUCUUGGUUCUGGAACUCUCAUAGGAUCAUGCAUGACCCAUUUUGUUUUGUGGGCUCUUUUCAAUUCUCUCUGUUGCCUGUUGACUGAUGGCGUCUUCUUGCCUUUACCCGGAUGCUUUGUUGCAUGUUACGCUUGUGGCUACCGUAGGGCCCUACGAUCAAAGUACAAUUUACAGGAAGCACCAUGUGGGGACUUUGUUACUCAUUUUUGCUGCCAUUUGUGUGCCAUUUGUCAAGAGUACCGGGAAAUCCGUGAAAGGUCUGGUGAUAUCACACACCCUGAUCUGAAGUUGGCCGUAGUCACAGCUCCACCAGUCCAGACGAUGGAAUCGGUUUCGGUGGAGUAAUGCUAUACUAGUGUAUGUAACUUACAGCUUUCGACAAAAUAAAAAAGGGAAAUCAGUGAGAUCAGCCCUGGGUUUUUGGUUGGACUUUGUGCUUCAUGUCUGGAAUUUCUCUUUAUACUAUGUAGUCUUCUUGGGGUAAUUAUAAGUUUUUUGGUACA